GGGAUGGAUGGAUGGAGAUCAUCCCAUCAUCCUCGGGCGGGCAUGUUAUUGGCGUUUUCUGCGAGCAACACUGGCAAAGGAACAUCAACACAUCCAGCAGCACCGCGAAAAUUUGACAUUGUGCUCGUCCUCCUGUGCUCGUCUUGAGACAGAACAUGGACACUGAUGAGCCACCCACGUUAGCACCCGGCGAUGUUCAAACACUCUGUGACUACGUAGAUGCCUUACGAAGCAAGACGCAAAACAUUGAACGCGAAAUCAAAAAAUCUGAAGUUGAUGUCGGCGCUGAAGAUACAGAACAAGGGCUGGAUGCGCAGUACCGUACUGCAAUGGCUGAAUACACAGCUCAAGAACUGGCCCUUAGCAGCUUACAACUGUCGAAUGAGCAGUACAAAGUGACCUUUGAAGAAGGCCCGAGCGAGUUCCAGAUCUGGCUUCUGAAGCUUAUGAAAGAGAACGAAAGACUUAAACAGGAAUAUCUGGAAGAACAACAGAAACUGUGUGAGGAGAAGGCCAAGCUGGAAGAACUAAGACAACAACAUAAAAGACUAGCGGAAGAACGGAAGGCGGUCGAGGAAAGAGAACGAGAGUGUGAGCAUGGCGCGGAUGCUCCACCUUCAGAAGAGAGACACUUGAAAGAAGAGUUGGAGAAAUUAAGGAUUCUGAAUAACGUCACGUUGCAGCUCAUCCUGUCGUCGAACGCUGACUGGGCGACAGACACGGAAUUGAGAGACAUCGUGGAAGGGUGCUCCAAGUUGCUGUAACUGUAGCAACAUUGUACAAACAUUACUAGCAACCCCCCAUGCAAGUGUUCACAUCUGUAUUUUCACCCAUUACAUCGUAUUUUAGUCACUCUUCAUGUUUCCAAUGUAUGCUUUGUCAUUUUUUAAAAUUAGUUUUACAGUGUUUUAAUGUACUAUUCCAUCUUUGUAAUUAUAUUUUUGCGCUGG